CAGUGGGCUAUGUUCGUAGUCUGUGCUGAGACCUUGUUGGCAUAAUGGCUAAGGUGGGCUUUAACUAUUGGUAAAAAUGUUUGAGAAACGCACACCUCUGGCAGCACGCAGCAGCAGCUUAAAUAAUCGAUUAAUUUUCGCGGCAAGCGCAACAUGCGCGGAAUAGAUGUGUCAGAAAGCGAAGAGGAGCAGUCGACUCUUCCCGAUGGUUGCCUGGUGACCACUUUCAAUACAAAGAUGCUUGUUUGAUUCAGGAGAAACAAGCAGAACCAACAUCUGCAUACACCUCAUUAUUUUACAAUCGGUGGGCAUUUAAGAAAGCGGAACAUUAGAAGCUGCCGAAUGUGUGACUCGGAUAAUGCUCAAUAUCUCAAGAGGCGAAUUAAAUUCGAUUCCAUCGAUGUACACCCAAUCGAAAAAGCCCUUGUUGUUUUCUAUCGAAUAGAAGCUAUGCUUCUCUCCAGUGAUGGAGAACCAGUAACUGGUGAAAAAAGAGAGGCGCAGAAGAUGAUAAAGGUUCAAAGCUUGAAUUCCUCUACAGACAUAAAUGGUCUGGCUAAAGAAGUGAUCCAUCAGUGCAAACUGAUACCCAGUUCAAGACUCAAUGAAGUUCAGCAACUUUUGAGUUACUUACAGGCAAGACCUGACAGCAAACCUGCAAAUAUGAAUGAUAAAUUCAGACCCAUGACAAGUAGUCAAAUGAUGAGAAAUGAUGAAAUGGCUGACAUUAUCAACCAACAAAUGGAUGAGCAGGCAUCCAUGGGGAAAUUGGAAGCUUAUAUUGAACUUCUGUAUGAAGAGUUGGAAGGGAAAAUACGAGGCACAUCUCUCAUCUUGCAGCUGGCAAAGCGCAAUGAAAAUCUGCAAGAUUUGAGCCGUAAUGAAGCUUUAAUCGGUGCUCUAUAUCGUGUACUACGUGAGGAUGGCAGAAAACAUUAUGCCCUAGCCGUUAAUAUCGCCUUCACGUUUUUCUAUUUCACCUCUUAUUCUUCAUUUCACCCUAUCCUUACACGAUUCAAAGUUGGCUCAUUGCUAAUGGAAAUUGUACGAGGCGAAUUCGUGAGGUUUGAGCAGUGGGAGAGCGAAUUAAAUUUAGGACAUUUUGAACAAGAUGGUUUACACAGAAAAUUUCAAACGGCGCUCCUACAACAAACUUUCUUAAUCCGAACUUGCUUCUACGUAUUACUUCAUUUGUCGGAAGAUCCUGGUGUCGAGGAUAAAAUGCGAAAGAAAGGAAUAGUUUCCUUGCUCAUCCGAACGCUUCAACGCAAACAUAUACAUUCCAGCGUUAAUGAGCUUAAUUACUUGGUGUUGACUUUCCUACAAAAAUUAUCAAUCUUCGGGGAGAAUAAAGACGAAAUGGCUCAAUUAGGGGUGAUUGAAAAAGCGGCUAUCCUAGUAGAUUCACCCCACCGCUUGGUCCAAGAUUCUGCCGCUCGAGUCUUGUAUAAUCUUUCCUUUGAUCCCGUCCUACGGCUUCGUAUAGGAAGACUAGGAUUGUUGCCUUCUUUGAUACGAAUGAUGCUGACCGACUCUCAAGGGGGCAAUAUUGCAUGGGCCUUAGUCUACCAGAUUAGUCUCGAUGACCGAGGACGGAUCCUAAUCAGUCGCUCAGAAUGCUUCUCCUUUGUCUUAGAAUACCUUUUACGUUGCAAAGAAAUUCCCCUACCGUCCAUUCCACUUGCCCUGGCUGUUAACCUAGCCCAUGUUCCAAAACUUGCCACCGAAUUAUCUCAAAGCAAAUAUUUUGCCCUGUUCUUGGACUUGGCGAUAGCAAAUCAAGAUGCAGUACUGAUAAAGCUACUUCGCAAUGCGGCUGGUCACGCUAUGUCGUCGCAGUCGAGCAAUCCCGUCGUAAUGGACAAGCUUGUCGAUGCCAUUUUGAAAUCUUCUGGCGCCUAUUUCAAUUCUGAAGCUCUAGGAUUGCUCGCUAAUCUUGGAGAAUUCUCGCUAUCGACUGGGUGGGAAACGAUAUUUAACAACAAAAGCUUUUUGAGAUGGAUCGAUCAACAUCUUCAACCAGGUACUAGCCCUUUCGAUGUUCAGCUCUCAGCUGUUCUGGUGCUACGUUCUAUCGCCGCCGCUCCAGAGGCCAGCUUACAGUUAAUCGAAUCAGGAUUAGUAUCGACGUUGUUGAAUCUACUGAGAAUGCAACAGGAAGACGAUGAAUUUGUCUUACAAAUUUUACAUGUUUUCUAUCGUCUUCUGCGCCACGGUGAAAUAUGCUUCAUUAUCGUGAACAAAUUUGAAGACAUCCCAGCAUCAUUUCUCGACCUCAUGACCGACCAAAAUCUAGAAGUGCGCAAAGUGUGCGAAAGAGGACUGAUGUUAAUCGCCGAAGCAGAUGCCAAAUGGGAAGAACGCAUUAAAAACGAACGUUUCUGCUGGCACAACGCUCAGUGGCUUGAGGCUAUUGCUAAAACCAAUCUCUUAUCAUCGCCUGGAACUGAAGAUGAGCAAAGUAUUGCUGGCAGUGUUUUAGAUCUGUGCGUACGUCACGCAGAUUUACUCGAUCGGGCUAGUAAUUCCGCGUCAAGUUUCGGCUCCCCAGAGUCUCGGAUUGGCUCUCCUGUCGAUUCCAUUGAUGCUUUGGACACACAGAUAUAACUAUGGGCCUUUGUCAACUUUCUACGAUGAAAAAUAGCUCACGGGAUUUGCUAGUCGUCCUUUAUUUCGGUGUGCUUUACCUUAUGUUCCCAAGUUCUGUGAUUCGCUCUUCUUCAAGCAGCGUUCAACAUAACGAUUCCGAUUACGUUUGCUUGAUUUUUAUUGUUUUAUGUAUGUCUUCAGCUAACGAGGUGCUAACUGUUUGCUUUGCCUGACCCUUCAACCAACUGUUAUUUAAUUAUUUUUGCGUGUAUUUUAUCUCUUUUUUUUUAUUGCUUUUGUGCUUUUCGUUCGGGGCAACUGACCCAGUAAACACGAUAAAAAGAAAA